AUGAAUACGCAGAAUCAGCGUAAGCUGAGAUGUAAGGUGUGUGGGAAUACUGAAUUCACUAGAGAGUAUCACACUGCAUCAUCUGAUUUGGCAUGUACUAAAUGUGGUACAGUGUUGGAAGAGAAUCCUAUUGUGUCUGAGGUGACAUUCGCCGAGACAUCAAAUGGAGGAGCAAUGAUCCAGGGUUCUUUUGUGGGAUCGGAUCAGGCACAUGCAAAUUUUGGAAACAAUAGAGGGUCUUUGGACUCGAGAGAGCAAACCCUGGCAAAUGGAAGAAAAAGAAUAAAGAAUGUUGCAUCAGCUUUGGGUAUUCAAGAUUACAUUUCUGAUGCAGCUUAUCAGUGGUUUCAACUUGCCCUAACAAAUAACUUUGUUCAAGGAAGAAGAUCGCAGAAUGUUGUUGCGGCAUGCCUAUACAUUGCAUGUAGAAAAGAGAAAACACAUCAUAUGCUUAUAGACUUUUCGUCUCGUCUUCAGGUCUCUGUUUUUGCCGUGGGUGCGACCUUUUUGAAAAUGGUCAAAGCCUUACAUAUUACAGAUUUACCACUUAUUGAUCCGUCACUUUUCAUUCAGCAUUUUGCAGAUAAGCUCGACUUUGGAAGGGCCAAAUUAAAGGUUAUAAAUGACGCAUUAAAGCUUGCUAGGAGGAUGGAUGAUAACUGGCUUUAUGAAGGUAGAAGGCCUUCAGGUAUCGCCGGUGCAUGCAUUCUGUUGGCUGCAAGAAUGAACAAUUUUCACAGAACACAUUCUGAAAUUGUUGCAGUGUCUCAUGUUGGAACAUCCACUAUUCAGAAGAGAUUGUGGGAGUUUCAGAAAACGUAUUCUUCGAAUUUGUCGAUCGAAAAGUUUAGAAAGAACGAAAAGGUGCGUGCAAGCCUUCCCCCUUCAUUCAUUAAGGAUAGAACAAUAGAGAAGAAACGUAAGAAAGCAAUCAGGGAGUCAGAGAAGCUCGAGGAUUCAUACUUAGAGGAUCCAAUUCUUUCAGCUUUACUUGAAGAUAGUGAUGUGACAGAGGAGGAAAUUAAGUAUCAUAUCAAAGUGGUUUUAAAAAGGCAAUUAAAGAAGAAUUGUAACGGAGUGAACGGAAAGCUGACAAAUUCAAAGGAUGCAGUGAAAAUAGUCCCGCAAAUCGACUCUGAUGAUGAAUACAUCAAUGGAGAAGGUAACGAGGAUGAAUUAGAUGGAGCGAUGAAACAAAUGAUAGAGAAGAAUAAGCCUAAAAAUUUGGCCAAAUACUUACCGAAAACCGAGGACUUACUUAAAACUGUUCCGGAUGACAGUGAUUUAUCAGAUGUUGAUGACCUUGAAAUUGACAACAUUCUUUUAACGGAUAAAGAGAGUAAACUAAAAGAGCAGAUUUGGGUUGGAAACAAUCAGGAUUACUUGUUGGAACAGGAAAAGCGUAGGCUUAAGGAGGAAUCAGACAAAAUUGCAGGACAUACUGCACACGUUAAGAAGAGAAGAAAACGCAGUGGUAAGGAUAGUGCACAGGCUGGAACUCAUGACUAUGGUGCUUAUCUUCAAGGUGACAAUUCAAGACUUGGCCUUUCAGAUACAAUGGGAGCUGCUAUUACACCAGCUGACAACGCUCGACAGCUUAUCCAGAAAAAAUCGCUUAGUAAAAAAAUCAACUACGCUGCAGUUAAUGAGUUGUUUAAUGACAGUUGA